AUGUCGGUGUCCCUGUCCAGCAUCCCCGUAGUGCUGAAGGACAAGAGCUACCCGGUCGGCAUGCUGAAGGGCAGCCCCGCUCGGGGCUUCUACCCGGGCCCCCACCCCUACGUGGACUUCUUCCCGCGGACUCAUAACCUCCUCCACCCGCUCAAAUCCCUCGGUCGCCUGGUAUCGGACACUCAGGCAUCCCUGCCGCUCAGCCUUCACGGCGGAUCCGCUCCGUUCCUCGGGCACCACGCUUCGGUCCUGCACGAACACAUGUUGAGCGCCUCCGGCCUCCCCUACCUGAGCCAGAUGUUGCCCGCGCAGCCGCUCUACUCCAAACCGGAGGAGCUGGCCGCUGUGGUGACGGAGCACGCCGCCGGUCCGCUGUCCUCGGACUUCAGCAGCCCGUCCAGCGAGAGGUCCUCCUCCGCCUCUUCCUCCGCUGCCUCGCCGCCAAAGGAGAGCCUCUUUCGCCUCCGGAGCGCGGACCUGUCGCCGGACUCAACGCGCGCGUCUUACAAUUUCAGCGAGGAUGACUUGUUCAUGGUGCUCUACGGCUACUCCGGCAGCCAGGAGCGAAACGUGGGUCACGCUAUAUCAGGACUGGCCCUGCCCGACAAGUCAGUUUCUGACACUCAAAUUCUUCCUUUGGACAAAGAAACGCUGGAGCUCCCAGAGGGGUUGACCAUCCUCCAGUCAGUCUGGGGAAGCGUCUCACACCGCGGAGUUUUCACCGACAAGAGCAGUAUUCCGAAAGGGACGCGCUUCGGACCUUUCCAGGGAAAACUGGUCAACACCAGCGAGAUUAAAACAUACGACGACAACACUCUGAUGUGGGAGGUGUUUGAAAACGGCCGGUUGAGCCACUUUGUGGAUGGCAGGGGAGGCUCAGGGAACUGGAUGUCUUUAGUGAAGUGUGCGCGUUUCCCAGACGAGCAGAACCUGAUUGCUGUGCAGGUCCAGGGUCAGAUCUUCUACGAGGCCUGCAAAGAGAUCCGACCAGAACAGGAGCUGCUGGUGUGGUAUGGCGACUGCUACAUGCAAUUCCUCGGCAUCCCCCUCACCCUGAAAGACCCCGCAGAGGACAACAACGUGGUUCUCCCAGCUGAAGAUGCCGGUGAGGGCUUCAAGUGUGACAGAUGCGGGAAGGUGUUCGCGUACAAGUACUACAGAGACAAGCACCUGAAGUACACACGCUGCGUGGACCAGGGCGACAGGAAGUUCCCGUGUCACCUCUGCAACAGAUCCUUCGAGAAGAGAGACAGAUUAAGGAUCCACAUUUUACACGUUCACGAAAAGCACAGGCCUCACAAGUGCUCAGUGUGUGGAAAGAGUUUCUCCCAGUCGUCCAGUCUCAACAAACACAUGCGUGUGCACUCUGGAGAGCGGCCAUACAAGUGUGUCUACUGCAAUAAGGCCUUCACUGCCUCCAGUAUUCUGCGGACACACAUCCGCCAGCACUCCGGAGAGCGGCCCUUCAAGUGCAAGCACUGCGGGAAGGCCUUUGCCUCGCACGCCGCCCACGACAGCCACGUCCGGCGUACCCACGCCAGGGACAAGCCCCAUCCCUGCGACCUGUGCGGGGCUUCUUUUCAAGAGGAACAGGAACUCCAUUACCACAUGAAAAAUCACAAAAAUAGAAAAAUCCUGGACAGCACAGUUCUUCCGUCUUCUCCGGGAAGUGGAUCACAGAAAGACUCCGUGUUUCCAGUGAAGGAGAAUUCAAAAAUACAGAAAAACACCGGACAAAACUUUCCUUACACCGGGCUGACAGUUUUAAAUCCAGAAUAUCGGCCCUGGAACUAG